AGGGAUUUACACCCACGCGCCACGGACCAUGUUCUCCCGGGGGCUGACGCCGCGCGCGGCCGUGUGCUGGUGGAUUACGGCGCUGCUGAGCACGGGGAGCGUGAGCGCGCGGAAGCCGGACGACUCCUUCUUCUCCAGCGGCGGCGUGUACCGAGCGAGAUGCGCCUCCAGAUGCCUCAGCCUGCACAUCACGCGCAUCUCCGCCUUCUUCAAGCACUCGCAGAACAACGGGUCCUUGGUCUGGUGCCAGAAUCACAAGCAGUGCUCCAAGUGCCUGGAGCCCUGCAAGGAAUCCUGGAACCUGAAGGAAAACCAGUGCCAGGAUUUAUGCGAGCCCCUCUUCCCCAAGAAGCACUACGAGUGUCUGACCAGCUGCGAGUUCCUCAAGUCGGUGGAGGGAGUGAAGCAAGGCGACUGCCCCGCUCCGGAGAAGGCCAGCGGCUUCGCCGCCGCCUGCGUGGAGAGCUGCGAGGAGGACGGCGAGUGCUCCACCGUCAAGAAGUGCUGCUCCAACGGCUGCGGCCACACCUGCCAGCUGCCCAAGAACCUCUACAAAGGCGUCCCUCUGAAGCCCAGGAAGGAGCUGGUCUUCCUGGAGCAGCCCUCCGGGCAGCUGGAGAUCCGCUGGUCCUCCAAGUUCAACAUCUCGGUGGAGCCGGUCCUGUAUGUGGUGCAGCGUCGCUGGAACUAUGGAAUCCACCCCAGCGAGGAUGACGCCACCGACUGGGAGACCGUGGCUCAGACUGCAGAGGAACGGAUCCACCUGCUCGACAUCAGAGCCAGCAGAUGGUACCAGUUCAGGGUGGCUGCCGUCAACGUGCACGGGACACGCGGCUUCACGGCCCCCAGCAAGCACUUCCGCUCCUCCAGAGAUCCAGCCGCACCUCCGCGCCCGGUCGGCCUGCGAGUCACCAACGUGACCUUGGGAGAGGAGGCGCUGGUGUCGGCCCGACUCAACUGGACCCUGCCGGAGGAGCCGGACAUCCCCAUCCACCACUACAAGGUCUUCUGGAGCUGGAGCGUGCCCGGCAAGUCCCUGGUGCCGUCCAAGAAGAAGAGGAGGAAGACCACCAACGGGGCUCACAGCUGGGUGGAGCUGGAGGGUCUGCAGGCCAACAGCAGCUACAGUGUGGAGGUGCAGGCCGUGACCUACUGGGGGCAGGUGCGGCUGAAGAGCGCCAAGGCCUCGCUCCACUUCUCCACGGGCCAAGACCACGGAGCAGCUAAAGCGGGGCUCAAGCCCAGGAAGGAGGAGGCGCCCCCCGGUGGCUCCACGCUCAGCAAGCGCCCCGCUGGCCCCCUGGAGGUGGGCACGCCCUUCUACCAGGACGGCCAGCUCCAGGUCCGGGUCUACUGGAAGAAGCGAGGAGACCCCGGAGCGACCCGCUACCAUGUCCAGUGGAUGCCAGAGUACUGCAGCCACAACGAGACCCGAGGGCCCGACAAGUCCGUCACUCAGGAGAACUACAUCAACCUCCCGGGCCUGCUGUUCUCAUGCAAGUACAAGGUCACGGUCCACAUGCUCAAGUCCAAGAGGCGGAGCAAAGACGAGAGCGUCACCUUCCUCACCCCGUCCUGCGCCACCGUCCGCAGCAAGACGCACAAACACGUGCCCUGCCCCGGAGAAGCAGCCGCGGCCCUUCCCAAGGUCCUGGCCAAACCCGAGAACCUGACCGCAGCCUUCUCCAUCAGCGAGGGAAACAUCACCGGCAGCUUCCUGUGGCACGUGUCCAGAGUGGCGCCGCACCAGCGCAUCACUGGCUUCCAGGUCACGUGGGCUGAACUCACCACCGAGAGCCGGCAGAACAGUUUACCCAACAGCAUCAUCUCGCAGUCGCAGAUCCUGCCGCCGGACCAUCCCUCGCUGGUGGUGUCCAACCUGCGGCCGUCCACCUACUACAGGCUGGAGGUCCAAGUCAUCACGACCGGAGGGGAGGGGCCCGCCACCGUCAAGAGCUUCCAGACCCCCAGCGCGCUACCGGCCGUCCAGCACCGGCCCAGACUCCGGCAGCACCAGCCUCAUCACCAGAAGCCGUCGGUGGAGCGACACUGAUGCCGGCGACUCCGGCCCUCACCAGCUGACCUCGCCGCCCCACUCCCCUGUACAGACGGAUUUUUACGGCUCCCUUUGCAUCGUAGGCGCACGGUUCUCCCCCAUCAGCCCGAGCCAGAGAGUGGACGCCACACCACGCUGCAGAAUCUAUUUAUUAAAGCGGCGGCGUGGCUCCGGUCGUGACCUCUGACCCCCAGUCUUCACCUAGUACGCUGCAUGCCGUCCUUUUUUAAACAUGAAUCAAGUGCUCGAGACUGAAAGCCUGUAAUGGUUUUGCAUGAUGGCGUCCCGUUGGCAUGAACUCCACCUCCUUAACUGACUAACACAGAACUGGGAGUCCCAUAUGUAACAGUGUAUUAAUGACACCAUAACGCGUGAAACCUGUACAUGCUCUUGGCUGUAGAAAUGUUUGUGGUGCCGCAGUCAGUGAAUGUCUAUAUUUAUUUAUGUGUGUAUUACCGUUGGAGUGUGCGUGGAUGUGUGUCACUGGUGUUUCUCCUCCUCUCCGGCGAUUCUUGUAAAGACGUUUUGUAAAAAUGGAAUUGUAAAUACAGUCUUAUGUUACAUGUUAUUUUUCCAUGCUAGAAAGUGUACAAACUGCUAAAGUAAUAAAAGGACCUGAACCAGA